AUGGCCAUUAUUCGACAUUCGGCCGCUCCGCUGCGAGCAGUGCGAUGCGCUCGCCAACCCAUCGCCAUGAGAUCCUUCUCCGUGUCCUCCCGACGACAAGGCGGCGGCCACGGAAACGAGUCACAAUUCGAACCUCCCACCGGCUGGCUCUGGGGUAUCAAGCCCGGCGAGAAGCCUGAGCCCGAGGGUUGGGAAUGGCCCAUGUACCUUUUCUGCGGCAGUUUGCUGGCUGCGGGUGUUGCUCUGGCCUUCAAGCCUGACACUUCUGUAUCUACCUGGGCCCUCGAGGAAGCCCGACGGCGGUUAGAAGCUGAGGGUAUCCUGCCGGACCCCAGCAAGGACAAGAAGGAGUAG